AUGGCACCACUACGACGUUCAAAUGGUGCUAGCAAACAUGUGCUUCCAGACAUGCUCAAAGAUCCUACCAUUGAAGCAAAAUGCGUGAUCGAGAGCAUUCGUAAGCUCGCAAACUGGCCCAACAACUGCUAUUCCCAUUGCCCUACGAGACUUUCGCUCAGUCUCCUCCGUACGUGCAAGGGUAUGCACGCUGAGUGCGCGGAGGUGUUUUACGGUGAGAAUGAAUUCCGCUUCGCCGGCAAGUCCCAACACCUUGAGCUGCUCAAGUUCCUCACCGAUAUCGGUCCACACCAUCGUAUGUGGUUACGAAACUUGACAAUGAACUCGCAGUUCGUCGGUAGUGGAGACCGGAUAAUCGAGUAUAAGUUCAAGCUCGAAUUCGAGUCCAGACAAACUGAGUCUGAGAAAUCGUAUUACAGUUGGUAUUUCAACUAUCAGAUGAUAUACCCGCAGUCCCCUCCGCUUUCUCAAGCCCAGUGGUGCGAGAUGACCUGGACCGACUUGUGCAAACCACUCUUCGACCUCCUCGAAUCACUUCCUCAACUCCGUGUAUUGACUAUCGUGCUCCCGAAUGACUGGGAAUACUGCAACGAUGCCGGAGACUACGUACCCUGGCCGCACACAAUGGAUUCUAGGAGGCGAGAAGAGAUUUGGGAUUCUCUGACUGGCCUUCUGUGUGUCAAGCCUUUCGUCCAAAUACGGGCUGUGCGGCCUAUGGCGGAGGGCUUUAUGGAUGAUCCCGAAUUCGCGGAUGAGGAGCAGAAUCGUGAGCGACAUUUGGCGAACCUGAAGCGUAGACUGAGGAUAUGGGAUAAUCGUGUUGCUUUCUAUGAUUGGCAUCAGGAGUGGAGGAUGCCGGACCGGGUGGAAGAAGAUCCUGAUGAGUAUCUCCGCGAUUUGCGAUGUCUUUUCGCCAAAUGCGCAUUCUAG